AUGGUGCAGAAGUCCCGCAACGGCGGCGUUUAUCCGGGUCCAGCCGGGGAGAAAAAGCUCAAAGUCGGCUUUGUUGGACUGGAUCCCGGUGCUGCCGAUUCAACCAGAGACGGGGCACUGCUCAUAGCAGGUUCUGAAGCGACGAAACGGGGCAGCAUUUUAAGUAAACCCAGGUCCAGCAUCUCCGUUUCCGGCAAGCCACCCAAGACCAAGAGAAAAGCCUUCUAUAGAAAACUACAAAAUUUCCUUUACAAUGUUCUGGAAAGACCGAGGGGAUGGGCGUUUAUAUAUCACGCUUAUGUCUUUCUCUUGGUCUUCUCCUGCCUGGUUCUCUCUGUCUUCUCCACCAUAAAGGAGUAUGAGAAGAGCUCAGAAGAUGCCUUGUACAUCCUGGAAAUCGUGACCAUCGUGGUAUUUGGGGUGGAGUACAUCGUGAGGCUCUGGGCCGCGGGAUGCUGCUGUCGCUAUCGCGGAUGGAGGGGAAGGCUGAAGUUCGCCCGCAAACCCUUCUGUGUGAUCGACAUCAUGGUGCUGAUAGCCUCCAUCUCGGUCCUGGCGGCGGGAACCCAGGGGAAUGUCUUCGCAACCUCCGCCAUCCGGAGCUUGCGCUUCCUGCAGAUCCUGCGGAUGAUCCGGAUGGACCGGCGGGGCGGGACCUGGAAGCUUCUGGGAUCGGUGGUCUACGCGCACAGCAAGGAGCUGAUAACAGCCUGGUACAUCGGUUUUCUGUGCCUGAUCCUGGCAUCCUUCCUGGUUUAUCUGGCUGAGAAAGAAGACAAUCAGGAGUUUGCAACCUAUGCAGACGCACUGUGGUGGGGAUUGAUCACUCUGACUACGAUAGGGUAUGGGGAUAAAUAUCCCAUCACGUGGAAUGGGCGACUCCUCGCGGCAACCUUCACUCUCAUUGGCGUGUCGUUCUUUGCGCUCCCGGCGGGAAUCCUGGGCUCUGGGUUUGCCCUCAAGGUGCAAGAGCAACACCGGCAAAAACACUUUGAGAAGCGCCGCAACCCAGCUGCUGGCUUGAUCCAGGCUGCAUGGAGGUUUUAUGCCACUAACCUCACGCGGACGGACCUCCUGUCCACCUGGGAUUACUACGAGCGAACUGUGUCAGUGCCCAUGUACAGCAGACUCAUUCCUCCCCUGAACCAGCUGGACCUUCUGCGCAAUCUGAAGAGCAAAUCAGGGCUGUCCUUCAGGAAAGAACAACAGCCAGAUCCCUCUCCCAGCGGUCAGAAGGUGAGCCUGAAAGAGAGGGUGUUCUCCAGCCCGCGGGGCUCGAGCGCCAAGGGGAAGAGCUCCCCCCAGGGGCCGGGGCAGGGAAUGCGCCGGUCCCCCAGCGCCGAGAACAUCAUGGAGGAGAGCCCCAGCAAAGUGCCCAAGAGCUGGAGCUUCACCGAGCGCAACCGGGCCCGGCAGGCCUUCCGCAUGAAGGGCAGCGCCUCCCGCCAGAACUCAGAAGUGAUGAUUGAGAUGCAGGAUGAAGAUUUGAAAACGAAGAGCUCUCCAGCAAUUGAGGGGUUGAUCAAGGCCAGCCUGCCGGGAGAUGACAUCGUGGACGACAAUAAAAGCUGCCACUGUGAGUUUGCGGCACAGGAUUUAACCCCCGGACUGAAGGUCACAAUCAGGGCCGUGUGCAUUAUGAAAUUCUUGGUGUCAAAGAGAAAGUUCAAGGAGAGCCUGAGACCGUACGAUGUGAUGGACGUCAUUGAGCAGUAUUCGGCUGGUCAUCUGGACAUGCUGUCCCGGAUCAAAAACCUGCAGUCCAGGGUAGACAUGAUCGUGGGCCCUCCCCUCUCUACUCCCCGUCAUAAGAAGUAUUCCUCCACCAAGGGACCCAAAGAGUCACCCCAGUACCCUCCUAGGGUUGACCAGAUUGUGGGCAGGGGUCCCCCCGUGACGGAUAAGGACCGCUCCAAAAGUGCAGUGGAGGGGGAAACGCCGGAGGACCCAAGCAUGAUGGGAAGGCUGUUGAAAGUGGAGAAACAGGUGAUGUCCAUGGAGAGGAAAUUGGACUUUUUGGUGAACAUCUACAUCCAGCGCAUGGGGAUCCCCCGGUCGGAAACCGACGCCUACUUUGGGUCCAAGGAACCGGACCCGGCCCCCCCGUACCACAGCCCAGUGGAGAACCGGGAGCACGUGGAUAAGAACGGCCUGGUGACCAAGAUGGUCCACUCGGGCAGCCUGGGCGGGCAGAAGAACUUCGACCCCCCGCUGCCGCCCGCCAUCUCCGCCCAGGGUCACUGCCCGCCCUCCACCUCCUGGCACCAGCACCCUCCGGAGGAGCUCCAUCCCGACGGCCAGGACCGCUCCCCGCCCGAGGCCAACGAGCCGUCCCUGGUGCGCAUCCCCCCGCCGCCCGCCCAUGAACGCUCCUCGGCCGGCCACAACGGGAGCCACCGCGGGGCGGGCAACGGCCCGGACCUGCGUCUGGAGCUCCUGCAGCGGGACAGCGACACCUCCAUCUCCAUCCCGUCCGUGGACCACGAGGAGCUGGAGCGCUCCUUCAGCGGGUUCAGCAUCUCCCAGUCCCGGGACAACCCCGACUUCCCGGGCGGGCCGGCCUACUUCGGCGGGGGGGCGCUCUGCGCCAAGGUGCGGCCGUACAUCGCCGAGGGCGAGUCGGACACGGACUCCGACCUCUUCACCCCCUGCCCCCCCUCGCCUCACGCCGGGGACGGCGUUUACGGGGACCGCGUCUGGCCGGGGUCCAAGUGAGCCCGAAACGGGCGGGCGCCGGGGGUGGCCGGUCGGACGGCGGGUCUGUGCCUCUGAACCUCUUUUUCGGCUGCGUGGGACGGAAGAGCGAAUUCCGCGCUGCGGUCCCUCCCGAAUGUGUGAAACGGUCAUUGACCACCAAAAACUCCGCUGUGAUAAUCAGGCCAUGACCACAACCAGUUUGCAGUUCAAUAACCAGGAGUGUUAAGGCUAGCUCGACUAACAGCACGUUUGUCAUUUUUGCCACCGUGUGCUGUAAUAUUCUCCAACAUCAUUGUGCUACCGGCAAGAGUAAGAAUUGGGAAAAUCUUUUUUUUUGAAUAUGAAUGGCAGGAUGUGAGACAUGUUCAUGAGUUCUAAUAACCAUUAUUAAUAUUAUUGCUUUGACUUUCAGCUGUGUAAAGCAACAUUUGAAUGUCAAAUUCAUAUCUCAAACUUUCAUAUUUUAUGAAUAGCUCCUAUUCAGACUUAGUGUCUGAAAAUGCUGGACUUACACACCAGAGCAAACUGAAAGAAAUCUCCAUUCUGUGCUGUGAGUUU